AUAAGAGAUUCGUGCGUACAAAACAACAGGUAUGGACUUGUAAGAAUUUAAACUUUUCCCACAUUAUUAACCUUUAAAUGAUUUGUAAUUAGUUAGUAUAAAUAUUUUAAUAAGUAUACGAACAUAGCAUUCGAAAGACAACUUGUUUAUUAUAACGUCAACAUUAUUAAAAAAUUAUUUCUGAAGUAUUUUUGUCCUGUCCUGUGAUUAUGCGCUGGAGUUGUGUUGUGGUUGUGUCAAAUAGCGAAAUGUAAUGCACUGUUUUGGUUUCUGUAAAACUUUGGUUUCAGUUCAUAGAUUAUACGCACUGUUAUUACAACAAAAACAGCAAAAUGAUUGAAUCAGCGUGCAAUGAUUACUCGGAAUUUCUGAACUUGGAUUUAAAUACGAAGUUUCAGCCCAUAAAUCAAUCUGUGGAUGAUAUUCUAACUCGGUUAGAAGAGUUUGAAACCAUGGUUUUGUUGAUACAACAAGAAAGAUGCAAUGCAAUUGGUUUAACUGGAUCUUUAACAGACUGUGUUGAUAUACAACCGCAAGUACAACAAUUGUGUCAUCGAAUUGAUUCCUUGGAGGCCUUGACAGAAUAUUUAAAAACCUAUGUUAAUUCUUUGGAGAAUAAGAUUGAUGUGAUGGAAGAAAAGCUGGGAUUUGGUGACAAUGCAAAUGUGUUUAAGAGUUUUCUAAAGUCUUCACUUUUUAAAAAAACAGAGGUAAAACCAGCAUCCACAACAAUUAGUGCACCACUUAGUGACAUAUCUGUUCAACAAUUUUUUACAAGUCAAGAAGGUGGUUCCCAGUAGUUCCUAAUUUUUGAUGCAAUUUGUGUGAUAAUUAGAAAUUUAAAUGCCAAUAAUGUCAACAAAACAGUAACAUUAUUGUUAAAGGUCAAUUAAAGAUUACCAUUUUAUACAUAAAUAUCAAAUUGGUACUGUAUUUUGUUAGCUAUAUAAAAUAUAGAAAUAAACUCUAAUCUAACAAAA